UAUCCCAUUUGCCAUUUCUAAAACUUCACAAGAAAAUUCAGCUUCUGGAAAUAAGCAUCAUUUCUAAUGUGUUGGAAUUUGCACCUUAUUCUUCUACUUGCUCUUGCACUUUUCAUACAGAUAUCAUCUCAGCUUGGAACCUCUCGUUCAAAGGUAGAAGUGCUUCCUGGCUUUGAAGGGCCUCUUCCUUUUGAACUUGAAACAGGGUAUGUGGGAUUGGGAGAAAGAGAUGAUGAUAUGCAAGUAUUUUAUUAUUUUAUUAAGUCAGAGAACAACCCAGAAAAAGACCCUCUUAUGCUUUGGCUAACUGGUGGUCCUGGUUGCUCUUCAUUAUCGGGUCUUCUCUUUCAAAUAGGUCCAUUUGCACUCGACACUGAGGCAUAUGAUGGGAGCAGGCAAAAUUUGAUCUUGAGGCCACAGUCAUGGACAAAGGUAUGUAACAUUAUUUUUGUAGAUUUGCCUUUCGGAACUGGCUUCUCGUAUGCAAAAAAUCUCACUGCUCACCGAAGUGACUGGAAAUUAGUUCACCAUAUCCAUCAAUUUCUUAGGAAGUGGCUGAUUGAUCACCCAGAAUUUAUUUCAAAUGAAUUUUACAUGGGAGCUGAUUCAUAUUCUGGCAUUCCUACCCCUGCUGUUGUUCAAGAAAUUUCAAAUGGAAAUGAAAUAGGUCUCCAACCACGGAUAAAUAUCCAGGGAUAUCUGCUAGGGAACCCCGUAACAACACGAAAAGAAAAAAAUUAUCAAAUCCCAUUUGCUCAUGGAAUGGGACUCAUUUCUGAUGAACUCUAUGCGUCACUGCAGAGAAAUUGUAAAGGAGAGUAUAUAGAUGUUGAUUCCAGAAAUGAAUUGUGUUUAAGAGAUCUCAACUACUUUGAUGAGUGCCUUUCAGAAAUUAAUUUAUCGAACAUUUUGAUUGGAUGUGCCAAAGAUGAUUAUUUGCCUAAGAAACAUGAAGCUCAGUGGAGGAGAUCUCUGAAUCAGAAGUUUGAUGCCGCUCUUAGUUCUUAUACAAGAGAGCAUAACUUAUGCCGCAGUAUUUACAGUGAUUUCUUUUCCGCUCAAUGGGCCAAUGAUGAGAGUGUUCGCAAGUCGCUGCAUAUUCGAGAGGGAACUAUAGGAAAAUGGGAACGCUGUUACAAAACUGAUUUUGAGUUUCAGAUCUCUAGUAGCUUUGACAUUCAUGUAAAUCUCAGUGCAAAAGGAUAUCGUUCGUUAAUAUACAGUGGGGAUCAUGACGUAUUAGUGCCUUUCAUGUCAACUCAAGCAUGGAUAAGGGCUUUAAACUAUUCCAUUGUGGAAGAUUGGAGGCCAUGGUUUGUAAAAGGUCAAGUUGCAGGAUACACAAGAACUUACUCGAAUCAAAUGACUUUUGCAACUGUGAAGGGUUCAGGACACACAGUUUCCAGGUACACGCCCGAGGAAGGUUUUGGCAUGUUCACAAGGUGGAUAGCUAAUUUACCUUUGUAACUCCGCACCUAUGUUGGCAGAAACAAGGUUAUCAAUGUUACGCUCAUUUCUCUAUCAUAUUUUUUGAAUUAUCAAUGUUUAAAGAUUCUGUAUAAUAAAUGAGCAAUGCAAUGGCAAAUGAUUGUCUUGUAAUGUCUCUAACAUUUAAUUCUU